AUGUCUCCCCAGGAUUUCAACAAAUUGCGCGUCGCAGAAGUUUUGCCCCCCCCCCCCAACCCCAACCCCUUCGAUGAUGACGAGCGUUUGUUUUCCUGGCCUGCCAGCUCGGAGUUUGCCUUCCCUCAUCCGGCUCCCGUGCUGGAGGCGUCGCACUCCCUGGGGGAAAGGCUGCAGCAGCUUCAGGCCUCGGCCCCCAACGGCGAGGCCCUGGUGCGGGAGAUCAGCGGCGUCUGGAGGAGGCAGCUGGAGGGCCUCGACAAGACGGAGCCCGCCGAGGAUGGCCCGGCAGAAGCAGGCGUGGCAGAAGAGGCCUCACAGUCCCCGGAUUCCCCCAUGACCCCCAACAGCAGCCCACAGGAGAACCACCAGGACCCAGCCCAGGACCCAGGGAGGGAGGCGGAGGAAGAGGAGGAGGAGGAGGAGGGCGCUGAUGUUGGUUUGGCUGACAGUCUAUCAGAGGCCGAGGAGAAGAUCAAAGUUCUGCACUCGUCUUUGAGCACCGCACAGACUGAGCUGCUGGACCUGCGGUGUAAAUACAACCAGGAGAUGGCAAACAAGGCAGCGGAGGUCGACGCCAUCAUGGCGAGCCUUCAGAAAGCAAACCAGAGGGCCGAAGUGGCUCAGAGGGAAGUGGAGAGGCUAAAGGAGCAGCUGGCCAGCGCCGCCACAGGAAGCCGCCAUCCAGCAGAGGGCACGAGCAUGGAGAAGAACGAGAAGUGCGAGGCGGCGCCCUCCCACCUGGAGGCCGCUUUAUUGGCUAAAGACAGAGAAAUCCUCCGACUUCUCGAAAACAUUCAGCGGCUGCAGUUCACCCUGCAGGAAGUUCAGGAAACCUCAGCCAAUCAGAUCCUGGAGCUGGAGCGCCAGCUGGCCUAUAAGACGGAGGCCAUCGAGAGAUUAGAGGCUAAACUGCAAUCCCAGAUGGACUACGAGGAGAUUAAAACUGAACUCAGUAUCCUAAAGGUCAUGAAGCUGGCUUCUGCAAAUGGAAACUCCUCCCAGGAUUCCACUAAGGCUGCAGAUGCUCUUUUGCUGGAUAAAGAAGCAUUCUUUCCGUCUCACAAGUACUUAGUGGAUAAGACCCGAAUAUUGCACAGCAAUGAUGAUGAUCACUGUGAGGAGGCAGGACGGGAAAAGGGCCGGCCGCCUGGCUCUCAGUCGUCUUCCUCUCAGGCGGACAGUCGUGCCUCCCCCAGCCCGGGCCCCCCCACCCUGGACGGCUCCUCCUCCGGCCACGAUCUCCCCCGUCCCUUCUCGGCGUCGCCGUGCUCGGCCGACCGGCUGUCGGGGGACCACGUCCUGCACAAGCAGCUCCUCUCCCCACACUUUAAAAAGGAGGGCCUGGUGGCUUUCCCCUCCACCCUCUAUGCGGCCAAAGUUGCACUCAUGUCUGCGUCUCAGGGGCCGGCGGACGCCGGCCUGCCCAGCGACCAGUCGGAGAGCGGCAGCUCCACGGCAGGCGACGACGACCAGCUGGACACGGCGGAGAUCGCCUUCCAGGUGAAGGAGCAGCUGCUCAAGCACAACAUCGGCCAGCGGGUGUUCGGCCACUAUGUGCUGGGCCUCUCCCAGGGCUCGGUCAGCGAGAUCCUGGCCAGACCCAAACCCUGGAGGAAGCUCACUGUGAAGGGCAAGGAGCCUUUCAUCAAAAUGAAGCAGUUCCUCUCAGAUGAGCAGAACAUCCUGGCUCUGAGGACCAUCCAGGUCCGACAAAGAGGGAGCAUCACUCCACGCAUCCGAACUCCUGAAACUGGGUCAGACGACGCCAUUAGGAGCAUCCUGGAGCAGGCCAAGAAGGAGAUCCAGUCACAGAGGGGAGGUGAGGGCAAGUCGUCUCUGAGCAGCUCGUCUGGCAGAAGCAGCAACGGAGGCAGCGGCGGCUCCGAUGAGACCAUCAAGAACAUCCUGGAACAGGCCAGGCGGGAGAUGGAGGCUCAGCAGCAGGCGCUUUUGGAGAUGGAGGCCUGUGGACGGGCCUCCAGCGCGGGCUCGGGGCCCCAGGUGGAGCGCCUGGGGCCGCCCGAUCGCAGCCGGGCUCUGUCCCUGCCGGUGUCCAUCAAGCAGGAGGAGGGCGGCUGCGUCACCGUGUGCAUGGCCAGCUCCAUCAGCAGCCCCCAGACGCCCCUCAGCGUCCUCUCCCCGGCCGCCUUCGUGCAGAACAUCAUUCGCAAAGUCAAGUCGGAGAUAGGCGAGGCCGGCACCUACUUCGACCAGCAUUGGUCUCAGGAGCGGGGAUCCAUGGUGCUUGGCAUCGGGGGGGGCUCUCGGCCCUUCAGCUCGGUGUCCCCCUCCCUUUCGUCCUCCUCCUCUGGGCCGUCCGCCCUCAGCCGGCCCUGGCCCCGUCUGGAGAACGGCGACGGCCUGUCCAACAGCGAGGAGGCCUCGGCGGGGGAGGAGGAGCCGGGCCUGGGCCGGCCCCUGGAGGUGAAGGUGGAGUCGGAUGCUUCGGUGAGCGGCGGGUCGCCGGGACCGGCUCCGGGGCGGCUGUCGUACUACCCGGCCUACAUCCCCCGGGCUCUGAAGCCCACCGUGCCCCCGCUGACGCCUGAGCAGUACGAGAUGUACAUGUAUCGGGAGGUGGACACCAUCGAGCUGACCCGGCAGGUGAAGGAGAAGCUGGCAAAGAACGGCAUCUGCCAGAGGAUCUUCGGAGAAAAGGUGCUCGGGCUUUCUCAGGGCAGCGUGAGCGACAUGCUGUCUCGGCCCAAACCCUGGAGCAAGCUGACUCAGAAAGGCAGGGAGCCCUUCAUCCGCAUGCAGCUGUGGCUGCUGGAUCAGCUGGGCCAGAGCCUCAGCCAGCCACCCAACCAGGGCCCCACUCAGGAGAAAAGCCCGGUGACAGCCCAGUCCUCACCCUCCCCACCUCCCAGCCCAUCAGAGAGUCACCCCAGUCCGCUGGCUGAGCCCGUCAGUCUCUCCCUGGAGAGCAGCAAAGAGAACCAGCAGCCUGAGAGCCUCAGCUUGGGGUUGCCCCCCCAUCCAGAGGGAGGGAAAUCCACUCCCAGCCUCACGGCCCUGCACCAGCCCUCGAACCCGAUGGGGAUCCAGGAGCUGGUAGCGAUGUCUCAAGAGCUGGACACCUACGCCAUCACCAAGAAGGUCAAGGAGGUGCUAACAGAUAACAACUUAGGCCAGCGUCUGUUCGGCGAGACCAUCCUGGGUCUGACGCAGGGCUCGGUGUCCGACCUGCUGUCCAGGCCCAAGCCGUGGCACAAACUCAGCCUGAAGGGCAGGGAGCCGUUUGUCCGCAUGCAGCUCUGGCUCAACGACCCCCACAACGUGGACAAGCUGAGGGCCAUGAAGAAGAUGGAGAAGAAAGCCUACCUGAAGAGGCGCUACGGGCUGCUCAGCACCGGCUCCGACAGCGACUCGCCCAGCACGCGCUCCGACUGCGUGAGUCCGGCCUUGGCCUCGCUGGACCUGUGCCCCUUCAGCCAGGUGAAGAAGCCGCGGGUGGUGCUGGGGGCCGAGGAGAAGGAGGCCCUGAGGAGAGCCUACCUGCUGGAGCCCUACCCCUCUCAGAGCACCAUUGAGACGCUGGCGUCGCAGCUCCACCUCCGGACCAACACCGUCAUCAACUGGUCCAGGAUGCGGCGGGAGGUGCUGAUGGAGGGCCUGCCCGACAACGACACGGACGCCGAGCAGCACGGCUACUCCCCCCCGGCCACGCGCAGCCCCCGCUCCGACGGCGAGGAGCGCAGGCUGCCGCCGCCCUCAGGACACGCCCACUCCGGCCACACCCACUCUGGCCACGCCCACUCCGGCCUUUCCCCCGGCGCCGCGCCGCCUCGUGUCAAACAGGAGGCGGCGGACAGGGACGAUGACGAGGAGGGCUCCGGGAGGCCGUCCAGGGGGCCGUGCUGCCCGGCGACGACAGCGUUCCCGGGCGAGCACAAGCACUCGCCGCGCCUGCCCGGCCAGAGCCCGAGGCAGGAGGAGGGGGCGAGCGGCCAGCCGCCGGGGCUCUACCCCGCCGCCGUGUCCCUGGACGGCUCCCAGCGAGCCAACCAGUCCAGGCACGACGGCGAGGAGUCGGGGAAGUCGCCCGUGGACCCGGUCAGCUUCAAGGCCUCGUCGGAGCCCUGCCGCAGCAGCCUGGAGGUGUCCCUCAACUCGCCCUCCGCCGCCUCCUCCCCCGGCCUCAUGAUGUCCGUCUCCCCCGUCCCCUCCUCCUCGGCCCCCAUAUCCCCCUCGCUGCCCAACCCCCCGUCGGCGAGCACCAAUCACAGCCUGGACGCCAACCCGCCGCCCCUCUUCCAAAGCCCCAAAGUCAACCGAAGCACUCAGAGACGCAACGAGAAAAUGGCCAACCUCAACAACAUCAUCCACAGGCUGGAGAGGGCGGCGAACCGGGAAGAAACUCUGGAGUGGGAGUUUUGA